AUGGAAGCCAUGAGAGGCCUAUGGAUGGGUAUAAACACACUGAAUGAACAAAGGUACCUCCCUGGUGGUUACGAGAGUAGCUACCUGAGCAAGAACAAGAUUCGUUGCUUCUAUUGUUACUUGCUCAGAAAGGAUUACAGACUCUACAAAGUUCAUAACAAGAAGGGUUUGGAACAACUCCAACGGGACUCAACUCCUCGGAAUGCGGUGCCUCCGCCAGAGAGCUUUGUGCUCGCUCCCAAAAAAGUCGAGCCUGAGUAUGUGUGGGAUCCAACGAAGCGGGAGCUUCCAGAGCCCGAAGUCGGAAACGAUGAGCCAAAAUUGCUCUACUUUCCUUUCUUCGAAACUCAAGAGGUUCCUGGCAAGCAUGGCUUCUGGUUCAUGGGAAGCACUAAAAUUGAGCAUAAGCUGUGGGUCAAGAGAGAGACCGGAUACGUCCCGGAGUGCCUUUACCACCCUGGUAAACCUAUCAAUGAUGUUUUCACUUGUUGCGAAAGGCCCGCAACUUCAUGCGGGUGUCUUCUUAGACUGAAGCACGACUCGAACGAUGACGAAGGAGUAGUCCGCCCGUUUUACACCCCUCGCUACGGAGACAAUUGGAAAUUCAACAAUGGCGACAUUCACGAGAGACUGCGGAUCGUCACACCCACCCACCGAUCUGGAGUGGUAGUCUCCUGCAAGACAGGAAUAAACCGCCGGGGUGAACAUGAGCUCAUCCGACUGAGUGCCGUUGAUCUCUACAGCGGCGAAGUUCUCCUCGACCACUUCGUGUGGCCCAAGGUCCCCAUGCUGCAUUUGGACACCCCGCGUAGCUGCAUCACCUGGACAAUGAUGAACGAUGCACACAAGAAAGGUCUCUGUCUAGACGGGGUCGAAGAAGCCCAGAAAUGUCUCUGGGACUAUGUUAACAGGUUCACAUAUAUCGUUCUCCAUCAAGGCCGCGACGACAUGAUUCACCUACGAUGGAGAUUCGAGCGCCAAAGAGUUAUCGACACCUAUGAGCUUGAAAGCCGGCGUGAGGUUCCUGAAAGGAACCGAAGUCUGAAGAAUCUCAGCCGGGUGCACCUGUCUCGUGACAUCCAAAGGACCCGAUUCGGCUUGGAUAGCCUGGAGGAUGCUAUGGCCAUCCGGGAUCUCGUCUUCUGGUAUGCCAAGAAUCUACCGGCUGAGAGUCUGCCACGUGACAAGAUGUUUGACAUUGACCAUGAACGUUGGCUAUGGUGGGAUGUAAGUAAGGGAUGGUCUCCAGCUGACAGCCUAGAUCCCCAAGCUGGCGAGCAGGAGCUCAAGACGUUUUGCCGUAUCGGGAUCAAUGAUGAAGAAGACCAGUGGCCAAAGCCACCCAGCACGGCUCAAGCUCGCCACAACAAUGCUUAUGGAAGAAAUGCAUGGUGA